AUGUUAAUCUUGCUACAACAACAAUGGCUGAAGUGCAUGAAAAUGAAGUUGACAUUAAUGAAGAUAAUAAUUCUUUACAUGGGGAGGUGGAGGAACAGGCUGAGCACAUCAUGUUGGGGCAGAGGAGCAGGCUGGGUAACACCAUCUGUGAUAGCAUUAUGGGACUAUGCACAGGAGAUCAUACAAGACAAUGUAGAAUACACACAAAGUCAUCCACACAUGCCACACCCUGCUCACCCCCCCAUCCAAAUAUUGUGCUGUGACAGAUGCCUCCUAGCACUGAUGGUGGAGGAUAGGCACAAAGUGGUGAUUUGGCUAUGGCAGGAGUUAAAUGAGAUUGAGCACCUGUUGGGUUCAGAGCACAUUUAG